AUGGGCCUGAUCCUAACCUCUGUCGGCGAGCACAGCAUAAUGGAUGUGACCGGUCAAGACCGAGUCAUCCAUCUCCUCUCCAAGACAUGCCGCAAUGAGCUGUUCUCCGAUGAAGAGCUGUCUUCCGGGAACCUAGCCCCUUUGGAUAUUAUCCCUUUCCUGGACGACUCUUACAUCCGAGGUGAUGAGCUCUCCCAUCAAAUCAUCAAGCCGGGCAGAGUUUCCCAAGUCCACGUGGGCCUACUUCUCGCAUUCAUGUGGGAGUCCAUCACUCGCACUCGUCUACCUCCCUCGGACCCCACAAGCGAGACCACCUUCGCACGCGCGAUUGAUGUCCGUCGAUUCCUCAACGUCCCAUCAACGUACUCGGGACUGAUCCAAAACAUGGCGUAUAACGAUUCAACUCUACAGCAGAUAUCCGAUCAACUACUUGGCUGCAUUGCAUCCCAGCUCCGACAGGAGAUCGACCCACCGAAGAUCGAGUUCCGAACCAGAGCCCUGGCAACCGAGCUGCACCGUUCCCGGGAUAAAAGCCACGUCUCAUGCACAGCAACCGUCAGUCCAUCGACAAGCGUUUCAUUCAGCUCGUGGGCAAAGGUUAAUCUCUGCUAG